AUGACUGACCACGAAGAGACAUCAACACAAAAAACAGUUAGUUUAAGAGACACAAACAAUUUAAAUCAACUAUUGAAUGAACUUGAAUCACAUUUCCUUCCAAUGAGAUCACGUGGAAAAAAAGAAGUUGAUAUUGGAAGGAUUCAACAACGACCUCAUAAGAUUGGAGAGUAUCCUGGGAGUGUAUACAUUGAAAUACCAAUAGAAAUAAGAGAUAAAAUUAUGGAAAAAACAAAUCAAUUUAGUCAAGAUUUUAAACCAAUUCAAUCACUUCACAUUUCAUUAACAAAAGAAUUCAGUUUACGUGAACACCAAAUUCCUUUAUUUGUCCAAGAAGUAAGAAAAAAGAUGAAAACUAUUCCAACUUUUAAUAUUACUUUUGGUCAAUUAGAAUUAUUAUUAAAUCCUGAACAAAAUACAGAGUUUUUAUCAAUACAAGUAACUUCUCCAGAAAUUCUUUUAUUAGUUGAUUUACUUGACACCAUCAUGACUUCCUUUAAUUUAGAAAAAUAUUAUGAAGAACGUAAAAUUCAUUCUUCAUUAAUGUACCGAACUGAACAUUUAAAAGAUUCAUAUGACUUAUCAUCAUUUGAUAAGUGUUUAGUGAGUUUUAAACCAGCAACAAUAAAGAUUAGGUUAGGAGAAAUUGUGUAUACUUGUGUGUUAGGUGGUCAUUCAAUGUAA